AUGCCUCCCCCAGAUGCAGAGUUUCCAGUCGAAGAGGACUGUGCCGACCUUGCCUCCAUCGGAACUCUGAUUGAGACGAACAUCACAGAAAUUGCAUACAUCAAGAGCGAGCAGCGCGAAUUUGUGCAGCGAGUUCACAAAGAGCAAAAUGAAUUCGCUAAGAGACUCGAGGAGUUGCACGAGUCACAGCAAGAUCUCUUGAAGAAGCUGAACAUAAUCAAGUCCGAGAACCAGGUUCAGGAGAUCAACAGCUUGAAGGCGGAGAGACAGCUUUUUCGCUCAUCCAAUCCUGACCCCUUUGAUCGUGAUGACGAUGAUGCUGAACAGGAUGAUACUCCUAGCAAGUUCCUUGCUCGCCGCUCAUCUACAAACAACAAGCGCAAGGCCAAUGCCAUUGAAGGCGACGAAGACAUCAAACCUCGUUCUGGAAAACUUAUGCGUGUCUCCAGCUCCAAUGCUGUCAUCGCCAUCACCCCUGGUCCGAGCAAGAGAAACGCUAGCAGCAUCACUGUCGACUUGAGUGCUCGAGCCCGCGAAAUGACCACUGGCCCGAGCAAGAAGGAGUCCAUCAGCCCCAGGGGCGACACGAGCGUCAGACCCCGCGACCCAGCCCCUCGUCCCGGCGCCCAAGUACCGGAGGAUGUCAUAGUAUACCUCGACAGCGUUCAACACGUACUGGAGCUCUCCGGUGAAGAAGACGACGAGACCAUCCGAGCAUGGACGCGGGAGGGUGACAAGCUUUGUGAAGAGUGGAGGAAGCAACUCAAGGACUUCGACAAGAAGAACCCAGAUUGGCCCAACAAGGCAAGAACUGCUGGCUGCGUCCGCUCUACCAUCUUCAACGGUGGUAAGUGUUACCUGACCAUCGAGGAUGAGGGUGUGUAUGCUUGCAAGACCUGCUGGAACACCGAUCACUUCUGUGUUGGCUGGGAUGAGGAGGACAAGCACUUCUGGAUUCGCCCUCAGCUACCAGCUGCAAGAUUCAAGAAGAAUGUCGGUCCAUUUGACCUGGAAAGAUUUCGCUCCAUGAAGGCUACCCCAACCAGAGUGGGAUUGCCUGCCUACUGGCAGAGUACCGCCACUCAAUGA